AUGUCUGGGCGCCGUUCGACUGCAGCGUUGCUGCUGUUCACUCUACUUCUUGUGCGGUCUCGCUUGCUUUCUCUCCCAGAGAUCCUCCUUGAGAGGCUGAAAUCUGUUACGGCGAAACCACAAAUCAGCCAAGAAGAAUUGCUACAAGUACUACAGCAGAUUUACGUGAAUAGACCGGAUGGGAGCCGAACGAUAUUGGUACCACAUGAGGACGGGAUAUCUAAGGUUCCCAUUCGUCCUACUUCAUCUGCCUUUCUGUCCUCGACCGCUGCACACUUCCCACCGUUGCCGACCUCGCACAAACCCAACCUUGACCGCACCUUCCUCCGCCAGCUCCGCGCUGUCUUGCGGAUCGCACUUCCCGGCUGGCGCACACCCGAGGCCGCGCUCCUCUCCGCACACAGCUUCUUUCUCGUGUUUCGCACCGUGCUCAGCAUCGCUGUCGCACGCCUUGAUGGGCGCAUUGUGCGCGACCUCGUGAACGCAGAUGGGAAAGGUUUCCUGAAGGGGCUCGGCCUGUGGUUCGCGCUCGCGGUGCCAAGCACGUACACCAACACGAUGAUUCACUACUUGCAAGCAACACUCGCUCUGCGUCUCCGCUCGCGGUUGGCGCGCUAUACUCACGACCUAUACCUUUCUUCCGCACCGGACAUGCGAUACUAUCGGAUUGCACUCGAAGGCGGGCUUGAAGACGUCGACCAGUAUAUCACGUCGGACAUUGCCGCCUUCUGCGAGUCACUGGCAGGCAUUUACGGAAAUAUUCUCAAGCCUUCACUCGACAUCCUACUUUUCACUUCCCAGCUGUCGCGCACACUUGGCCUCCGCGGGACGGUUCUGCUCGCGCUGAACUACUAUGCCACCGCGCGGAUUUUGCGAGCAGCGACUCCGGCGUUCGGACGGCUCGCUGCCGUGGAAGCGCAACUUGAAGGCGAAUAUCGCGCCGGCAUGGGGCGGGUGGACCGCGAAAGUGAAGAGAUCGCAUUCUAUGGAGGCGGUUUGCGCGAGCGAAGUAUCUUAUGGCGCGCAUAUCUGCGGCUAAUCAGGCACGUCAACUCGAUAUACAAGAUCCGAAUCGCGUACGAGUGGACAGAAGACUUCGUGAUCAAGUACUUGUGGAGCGCUGCGGGAUACUGCUUGAUCUCUGUGCCCGUAUUUCUUACGAGGCGACGAGACAUCGGUAUCCAGGCGGACGGCCCUGGUCAUACGGAUAUAAUCAACAAUCGGAUUGCAAACAGGACCGAAACAUAUAUAUCCUCCCGUCGCCUGCUCCUCUCUCUCGCUGACGCAGGCGGGCGCGUUAUGUACGCAUACAAAGACCUACUCGAGCUCGCCGGGCUCACCACGCGGCUCUACACACUCCUCUCCACCCUGCACAACCUCCCAUCACCACCCACCUCCUCGUCUGACAUCCCCGAGGACCGUAUCGAGCUCGUGCACGUUGACGUAGGCGUCCCACACGGCCCGAACGUGGAAGGCGCGCCAGCGUGGAUUCUCGUCAAGGACCUCUCGCUGGUGCUCCGCGAGGGCGAGCACCUCAUGAUCACGGGUAGCAACGGCGUCGGGAAGACAGCGGUUGCCCGUGUGCUCGCCGGUCUGUGGGCGCCGCAGGGCGAGGGCGAGGUGCGCCGGCCGUCUGCACGGCGGAGUGUGUUUGUCGUUCCUCAGCGCUCGUACAUGGUGACGGGGACGCUGCUCGAUCAAAUUAUAUAUCCCGACGCGUACCCAGACUUUGUUGCAUCGGGGAAGACGGAGGCAGACCUGGUGGAGAUCCUGACCGCUGCGAAUCUGGCGUAUCUUCCUGCGCGAGAGGGCGGAUGGAGUACCCGGAAGGAAUGGAGGGAUGUGUUGAGCGGAGGCGAGAAACAAAGGGCAAGUCAUCCCACUGGAAAUAUUAUGGGAUUAGCACGGGUCUUCUAUCAUAGACCGAAUUUCGCUGUCUUGGACGAAUGCACAAGUGCUGUGUCAAGUGACGUAGAGGGUCGCAUGUACGAACAUGCCAAGUCACUAGGGAUAACCCUUAUCACAAUUUCGCUACGACCUUCCCUAAUGCGAUACCAUACACACCUCUUGACGCUCGCUGGUGACGGGACAGGUAGAUGGACGCUUUCCCAGAUCGGAACGGCCGCAGAGCGCAUGGGCAUCGACCGCGAGAUCAUCACGCUGGAAGACAAACUGGCUGAAGUGGAGCGCUGGGAAGCCCGAGUAAACGAGCUGAAUCAAUUGCUGUCUGCACAGGAACAAUGAACGGUAUGCAGCAUCGUGUGUUUUGGUUUGCCAGGAGUAGAUGCUCCUCGCGCUUUUUUAUAUGGAAAUAUCAAUUUCACGGACGUUUGUAUACACACAAGACCACGGAUGUAACGGCGGUGUAGAAAUAGUUGUAGUCUUUGUCAUUCUUCGCUGUGCUUUCGAUAUAAAUAUGUGGACACGAGUGGGUUU